AUGACUCAAAAGAGAAAAGUGUCUGCAACACAAGGAGCUCCUAGCCUCAAUUUGAAGGGGGUUUCUAACAUGUGGUGGCUCCCCGAGCAUGAUGCGGAGCUUAUACCGUGUCUUGCGAAGCUCGCGGAUGCCGGAAUUAAAGUUGAUAAAAACUUCAAAGCUGAGGCUUACAAAAUAGCAGCUAUGAAGAUGAACAUGAAAUUCAAAACCAGCUACACCCACCUUCAUGUGAUUAAUCGCAUGAAAACUUGGAGAAACAAAAUCAAUGAUAUGAAGGCUUGCAUCAACAUAAGUGGUGCAGACAAAAGGAAUUCAAAGCUAAGAGGAUAUAUAAACAAGUCUCUUCCCUUCUACAAACAUUUACAGAAGAUCAUGGGUGAUGAUCAAGCUACGGGUGAUUUUGUUAGGCCAGUUUAUGAUAAGAUUGGUACUAACAAUGUCAUUCCUCUUGAUGAUGAUGAUAUGGACAUUCCACUUGAGAGUGAAGUUGAGCCACAGUCUGAUGCUAACACUACCCCAAACUCCACUUCUAGAAAAUCCCAACUUGAAUCCAACACAAAGCCAUCUUCAAGCAAGAGACCUCGACACUCCAAUGAUGAUGAAUUGAUACGUAGCUUUGUUGAGUCAAUAUUGGAGUCAAUUAGAAAUCAACACAUUAUACAUUGGACUGAACAAUUAGUUGCAGCUUUGAAGAACCAUAGUGACUCCUAUAGUGAAGAAUUGCUUGAUAAGGUUUUAAAUCAUUUGUAUGAAAGUGAGCGUAAGGCUAGGAGGUUUUUUAUAAAAACGAAGGAGGCUCAGAAGAGGUUAUCAUUUGUAUGA